UGAAAAUUUUAGAGCUUCCCCUACUAAAAUUAUAGCUGAUGCUAUAUUACAUGCUUUAACUACCCCUUAUCCAAAAAAUACUUAUUAUAUUGGUUUAGAUGCUAAAGUUCUUGCUUCUGUUAAUUGGCUAUUAGGUGAUAGAGUUGCUGAAACUGUACAGUUCAAAGUUUUAUUUUUUGUUUCUAAUUAA